GCAGGGCGGGGAGAGACGGCGGCCCCCGGCGCCCGGCCCCGAACCUGUCAGACUAGGGGAGCCGGCCUGGAGCUGCGGGCGCGGCAGGGGCGAGGACUGCCCCACUCCCCGCGCUGCCCCGGCCCGAGCUGUGCGAGUCGGCCCCGCCGAGCCGGCCGGGGGCGGGGAGAUGAGCGGCGGCCCCGCGGCAGCGCCCCAGGAUGGGGAGGGACGCGCGGCGGUGCCAUCGGGAACUGGCGCUCCGGUGAAGUAGGAGCCGCCGGCCGGCCGCCUGCACCGAGCCUUCCCGUGCCGCGGCGGCUCAGCCUCUGCCAUGGCCGGAUCCGGCGCGUGGAAGCGCCUCAAAUCUCUGCUAAGGAAGGAUGAUGCGCCGCUGUUUUUAAAUGACACCAGCGCCUUUGACUUCUCGGACGAGGUGGGGGACGAGGGGCUUUCUCGGUUUAACAAACUUCGAGUUGUGGUGGCCGAUGAUGGUUCUGAAAUCCCAGAAAGGCCUAUUAACGGGGCGCACCCGGCCCUGCAGGCCGACGACGAUUCCUUGCUGGACCAGGACUUAGCUUUGACCAACAGUCAGCUGAGUUUGAAGGUGGACCCCUGUGACAACUGCAGCAGACAGCGAGAGUUACUGAAGCAGAGAAAGGUGAAAACCAGAUUGACCAUUGCUGCCGUUCUUUACUUGCUUUUCAUGAUUGGAGAACUUGUAGGUGGAUACAUUGCAAACAGCCUCGCAAUCAUGACAGAUGCACUUCAUAUGUUAACUGACCUAAGCGCUAUCAUACUGACCCUGCUUGCUUUGUGGCUAUCUUCAAAAUCACCAACCAAAAGAUUCACCUUUGGAUUCCAUCGCUUAGAGGUUUUAUCAGCUAUGAUUAGUGUGCUGUUGGUGUAUAUACUUAUGGGAUUCCUCCUAUAUGAAGCUGUCCAAAGAACUAUCCAUAUGAAAUACGAAAUAAAUGGAGAUAUAAUGCUCAUCACUGCAGCAGUUGGAGUUGCUGUUAAUGUAAUAAUGGGGUUUCUGUUGAACCAGUCUGGUCACCACUCCCAUUCCCACUCCCUGCCUUCAAAUUCUCCUACCACAGGUUCUGGCUGUCGACACGACCACGGGCAGGACAGCCUGGCAGUGAGAGCUGCAUUUGUACAUGCCGUGGGGGACUUGGUACAGAGUGUUGGUGUACUAAUAGCUGCAUACAUCAUAAGAUUCAAGCCAGAAUACAAGAUUGCUGAUCCCAUCUGUACAUAUGUAUUUUCAUUACUUGUGGCUUUUACAACAUUUCGCAUCAUACGGGACACAAUAGUUAUAAUACUAGAAGGUGUACCAAGCCAUUUGAACGUAGACUAUAUCAAAGAUGCCUUGAUGAAAAUAGAAGAUGUAUAUUCCGUGGAAGAUUUAAAUAUCUGGUCUCUUACUUCAGGAAAACCUACUGCCAUCGUACACAUACAGCUAAUUCCUGGAAGUUCAUCUAAAUGGGAGGAAGUACAGUCCAAAGCAAAGCAUGUAUUAUUGAACACAUUUGGCAUGUAUAAAUGUACUGUUCAGCUUCAGAGUUACAGGCAAGAAGUGGACAGAACUUGUGCACGUUGUCAGAGUUCCAGUCCUUAACUUGAUACGUUUUGGGGACUACUGCCUUAUUCAUCCUGCAGUCACAGAGCUGAGGGCAGUAAAUGCGCACAUCUGCCUGAGGAACUGGACUCCCUACCAGCUGUGUCAACAUCAAGCAGGGUCCGUCAGAACAGUCACUCCAGCCGGACAGCCCUAGUUUCUGUUUAAUGGUAAAAUGAGACUUCACCCUGAUUGUCAGAUGAAGGUGUUCCCAAAACACUAUUCACAGAGUAAGAUGUGACUCCACGGAUACCUCAAAGAAGACAAUCCAAGACCACACUGCAUUAAUUAUGACAGAGUACAUGUCUUAAAGGAAGCAUCAAGAAUUCAGUAUUUGCAUUUAAAAAUCCUUUUUAAAGACCAUUUUUUAUCGAGCCAGUGCUGGAAAACUGAAUUUUUUUUUAUUAUGUAAUCUUGACAUCCGGCUUCUGGAAUUUGACACCCAGCUCUCUUUUUACAGAAAUUAUUUCUCAGCAGAUUUCAGAGAGUACUAGACAUUAUCCAGAGAGUGGAAUAAGCAUGUAUUCCCACGUU